CUUAGUCUUUCUAGAGUUUUCAGCUGACAACGACACACGUCUCGAACAAAGAAUUAUAAUUCAAACGAUUUUCAUUCUUUUGAAAAGCAAAUCAACAAAAAAUAGUCGAAAAUUUAAUAAAAUAUAAAACCCACUAUGGAUUUCGGUGCACUGUUGCACUUUGCCAAGAAGAACAACGAUGCAGCCACUAAAGAAGAGGGAAAAUUUUAUAGCACUAAAUAUGCUCCCCCUAAAAAGGAGAGCAAGGAAAGCAAACAGCUGUCCACCAAUAUACAAAAAUUUCUAAAGAAACGCGAAGCUGAGGAGAUGGAACGCAAGCGACAGGAUCGCGAGAAGCUGAACAAUUUGCUGGCCAUGCGUGACGAGAAGUCAAAAAACAAAAUACGUAAAAUGCUGAAAGUCACCAAAUCAGCCAACAAAUCGGUGCUAGAGGAUGCUAAGGACUGUGAUAAUUCGGCACUGAACGGUGCUGAUCAGACGGAGGGCGAUGAUUAUGGCUAUGUGUCGACAGAGGCCAAUGCCUUCUAUCAGAAAUACAUUGAGAAGGUGAAGGACGUGCAGGAGGACAAGGGCUUUGCGCCCAGCCGUCCACAAUCUGUGCGCGAUCUGUCUGGCACCAAGGAGCGCGUCAAGGCGGCCAUCACACGCGAACGCGAGGAAGCCAAAUCUCAUACACGCCAACGCAACAGCAAUGCUACUCCUCGCCGUGAGAGGGACCCGUCGGCGGUGCGCGCUCAAAAUACUGGGGACAAGAAGCUCUAUGAUCCGGAGGCCGAACGCCGUGAAGAGGAACGCAAGAAGCGCGAGGAGGAGCAAAAGAAGCCCAAGGUCAAGCGACCCCCACAGCCACCACCUAUGGAUUUUCAGGCUUUGCUGCGUCUGGCCGAGCAGAAGCAGCACGAGCCGGUCAACAUUGCCAUUCCGGAGAAGAAGGAGCCGGAGCGUCUGCUGUCCGCUCGCGAAAAGCGCGAGCUUGAGGAACGUCAAAAGUAUAAGGAGCAGCGCGCCCAGCGCGAUCGCCAGCGUGAAUUGGAAGCCAAGGCCAAGGAGCAGCGCAAAGAGAAUGGCGUCGCCAACCAACCAGGUCGCAUGACGCUCAAUGGACGUAUACCAAAGCUGAAUAAAGCACCUACAGCUGCUGGUGAUGCUGCUGGUGCAGCUACUCCAGCUGAGUCCAAAGUCAAGCAAUCUAGUGAUAGCCUCAAGAGGCGAGCGCCCAGCGCCAAUGCAAAGGCAACAAAUGGCACCAACAACAACAAUGCUGCCAAGCGUGCAGCAACAGCAGGUGCUGCUGCUUCAGCUUCUCCGACUAUUGCCAAGGGCAAUGCAACUGCUCCAUCUCGCAAUCCUUAUGCUGCUGCAAUUAAGAGUGGAGUAACACGUGAAUUUCCGCCACGUGAUCUAUCCCGCUCUCGUGAAGUGGCACGACGUGAUCUAUCCAAGACCCGUGAAUUUCCACCACGUGACUUAUCCAAAACUCGUGAAUUUCCGCCACGGGAUAUAUCCAAGGGUCGUGAAGGAUCGCGUCGUGAUCAACCCAGGAAUCGUGACUUAUUCGAUGCAUCCAAAUCUCGUACUGCAUCCAAAGCUCGUGAUGCAUCCAAAACUCGUGAUGCAUCCAAAACUCGUGAUGUUUCCAAAACUCGUGCAUUUCCACCGCCGGAUAUGCAGCGCGCAGCUCAACGUAAACCUAUUGGAUCGGGAGGAGCCACUGGAGCAGGUGGCGGAGGAGCUACAGCGGCUGGCCGUCGUCCACCACCGACAGCAGGACGCAAGCCAAUGGAAACCGGCAACAAACGUCGCAUUUACGAUUAUGAUGAUGAUGAUUCAGAAUAUGAUUCCGAAUUGGAUGACUUUAUCGACGAUGGGGACUGCACCGAGGAUAUAUCGUCGCAUAUUCGCGACAUAUUUGGCUAUGACAAGCGUCGCUAUCGCGACCUCGACGACGAUGAUGCUGAAAUGGAGUCCAGCUUUGCUCAAGUGCAGCGUGAGGAGUUUAUUAGUAAGAAAUUAGGUUUACAGGAGGAUCUGGAAGAUAUGCGCAUGGAGGCCUUACACAAGAAACGUAAGAUGGCUAAAAAGCGUGGCUCACGCAUCGAAGACUAGAAAGACAAAUCACAAAAUCACAAGCUCUCAAGUUAACAAGAACUCAAGAACACUGUGCUCUGCGCCUGCCACUGUGGAGGCGCCACAUCUCAACACAUUGCCGACGCCAUCACAUCACCAGCCUGGACAUGCCUUCAAAAUCCCAGCUCAGCUUGGAACUGUUGCUCCGAGACGAAACUUGGGUUAAUCAUUUAUUUUUGUUUAUUGCUGGCGUCGGUUUAAUUUUAAGUUUGUUAACUUGUUUAAUUUAAUUAAUCAAUUCUUGAGUUAUAACCUCAUCCCGUUUUUGUUUUAAUCUUAGUUACCUUAAUUCGGUGCCGUAGUUAAGUGCUAGACCAAAAUUUUAUAUACAAGUGAAAAAUAGCAAAUUGGAUAGAUAAGAAAUAAGAAUUUAGAAUGUAAAUAUUGAUGUCAUAUUUUUGCUAAGCCAAACACAAUUUUAGUGUACACUUACAAUCCAAUUGAAUAUCUCAGUUUGUUUUU